GGCGGAGGCCUCCUCGGCGUCCUGGGUGCCAUGGUCGGGGGCGAGGCGGCCGCCGCUGCCGCCGCCGCGGUGGAAGAGCUGGUAUCGGGUGUGCGGCAGGCGGCCGACUUCGCGGAGCAGUUCCGCUCCUACUCGGAGAGCGAGAAGCAAUGGAAAGCCCGCAUGGAAUUCAUCCUGCGCCACCUGCCCGACUACCGCGACCCGCCCGAUGGCGGCGGCCGUCUGGACCAGCUGCUGUCCCUGUCCAUGGUGUGGGCCAACCACCUCUUCCUGGGCUGCAGUUACAAUAAAGACCUUUUAGACAAGGUGAUGGAAAUGGCUGAUGGAAUUGAAGUGGAAGACCUGCCACAGUUCACUACUAGAAGUGAAUUAAUGAAAAAGCAUCACAGCUGAGACAGAAGAUAAGCCGAUUUCCAUCAGCUACAGGCUUACAGAGGGGACCGAUGAACUGGACACUGACUACAUAGCUCUUGAGACUUCCAGAAUUGCCAACAGGAAGAUGCAGGUGGAGUGAGAAAGUCUGUCUCAAUUGGCAUUUUCAAAAGUCUUCCUCGUUCCAGUAGCUGUCACUGUAAAAAUAUGCAUGGGUAUUUAUGUAUUUAUAAAUCAUGGCAUCUAAGAUGAGCUCAACAACGUUGUACAAGCCAUAAGCCAUCUUUCCUUUUUUUUUUUUAUAAGUGCCAAACUUCUUAUUCAAAUGCUUUUUUUUAUAAAUAUUGAUGUAAUAAUGGCACGUAAUAAUUUUAUAGUUUAGAUUUUUCUACAGUGUGUGUGUAAGCGUGGUUCUGUUUAUGGCUUUUUUUUCCCACUGAUGCAAACCAGAUCCUUUUAUUUCCUUCUGCCAACCUGAAGUUUGUCUUGUAUCCAUACCCUGCUGGUACAGAGUAAGUCUUUUCAUAGGAAAUGGGAAGCAGAUCACGUGCCUGAGGUGCGCGCCGCCUGAGGGGAAGAGGCAGUCUACAGAGCAGCAUCUGGCCUUAGCUGUAGAUUCCGUGGGGCUCCUGGCUGCUGACUAAAGCCCGCUCCCCCGCCCAGGAGGGUACCUGAGGCUCAAGUUCCGACUUGAGGAACCACCUUACAUAUAUACUUUUUAACAAAUACUUAAGAGUGUGAUCCUCCUUAGCUGUAAAAUUGGAGACUGUUCCCCCUUGAA